AUGGCCGGUCCUUUUUCGGAGAAUAAGACAGACGGCGGCUCAUUGUUAAGAUUUGAGAUAAGUGUUCAGAUCCAGACUUUAGCCGGUUAUCUGGAGAUGGGACUUUACUACACUCAAGGAAGGUGGGAAGAGCUCGUUCAUGGUCUGCUUAUUGGUGCUAAGAGGUGUUCCCAUUGGAAGAAGACGAAGCCUGGUGAGCCUCCUUCCUAG